AACUAGUGGACGAUAAAACACUGUCUGAUGUUUUGAUGCGUGGAAGCUGUAGCCGGGAGAAGUUCUGACUUAUGAAUAUGGUUUCUGUUAUUAAAGAACCAACAGCCGGCAGUGCGGGUGAUAGUCAUAAUGAAUCGGACAAGGCUGUGACUAAUUUAUUAGCAAGACGUUUAUCUAAAAUUUUAGACACUCGCUUGGAAAAUGACAAAGAUACACUCGAGGCAUUGAAAGAACUGUCAUCGUUCUUCACUGAGAAUACUCUUAAAGCUAGGCGUAAUUUAAGAAGUAAAAUAGAAAAAAGGAGCUUGGCCAUAAACGAAGACUUCCUUUCAUCAUUUAGGGAAGUGAAAGAAGCAUUAGAUGCAAUCCAUAAUGAUGUUUCAGCUAUGAAUGAUGCCGUUCAGAACAUGACAGACCGUCUAAAAGCCACCAAAACAAGAACCCAACAGCUAAUUGACCAGACUACAAAACUGCAGUCAGAUAGCCAGAAGUUGACUCUUCAGCAGAAAAUGGCAGAUGCAUUUCUGAGAAGUUUCCAACUGUCAUCUUCAGAGCAAACUGUACUGAGAGAUGGUGCAAUUACUGAAGAAUUUUUUAAUGCUUUGGAGCGCGUGCAGUCUAUUCAUGGCAGUUGCCGUAUUCUGAUGCAGAGUGGCCACCAGACCGCAGCACUUCAGAUUAUGGAACAAAUGGCUUUAUAUCAGGAAGCAGCAUUAGAGAGGCUGUAUCGGUGGGCACAGAACAAUUGUCGAAGUAUAGAGUCUCCAGAAACCAGUCUUUUGCUAAUGCAGGCAAUGACACGUUUGCAAGACAGACCUGUUUUAUUCAAAUAUAUUAUUGAUGAGUACUGCACAGCUCGUCGAUCAGUGUUAGUCCGCUCCUUUCUUGAUGCUCUUACGCAAGGAGGUCCAGGAGGUACUCCAAAACCAAUAGAAAUGCAUGCACAUGAUCCACGCCGAUAUGUAGGUGACAUGCUUGCAUGGCUGCAUCAAAUGAUACCAUCAGAGAAGGAGAAUAUACUAUCCCUGCUUAGAGGCUGUGACAAGAUAGAUGUGAUGGAACAUGUACAGCAGGCACUUUCAAAUAUAACAGAGAGGUAUGCCACCCCUCUUAGAGUUCGUAUAGAACAGAUUUUAGCAACGGACUCAAAGGCAACAGUUUUCUAUGCUGUCUAUUGCUUAAUCUGUUUCUACCACCAUAUAAUUGAGCAGGUUGUCCAAAAGUGUACACUUGAGGGAACGUUGAAAGAGCUGCAGGAGCAGAGCCAGCAGGUGUUUCUGAGAACAUUACAGAAUAACGUUCAGAGCCAUGUGAGGGAGGGUGUGGAGAGCCCACCAUCUGAUUUAACACCUAGCCCAGGAGUAAAGCAGAUACUUGGUUUGCUGAAGGAAGUCCUCUCUGUGGCAAGUGUUACAGAGACUGAAGAACGUCAACAAGACAUGGCCAAAAUUGUUACGUGUGUUGUGGAUCCACUCCUUCAGGCUGUGAAUGAAAGUGCAGCAAGAUUGCCAACAUGUGAUAUGGCAGUUUAUCUUCUGAACUGUCUAUACCAAAUGCAGUCGACACUGUCUCUCUAUGAAUUCAUGGAUGAAAAGCUAGAAAAGUUACAGGCUCAUUCAGAUGCUCAGAUUGAUACUCUCACUUCCGAACAAGCAAGCUGUUUUGUUGCAAAUUUGAAUCUUGGACCAAUAUACACCAUUCUUCAGGAACAAACCAAGGGCCCAUUGUCAUCAGUGCCAGGAAUGGAACAAUCCAGUCUGAAAAUUUUUUUGAGCAAACUGGAGAACUUUGUCAACCUGCCAGAUGUGUUUGUUUUACCACAGGUCAACAUGCUUCUUAGCAGCAGCCAUCGAACAGCUGUACAGAGACGAGCAUAUGAAGUAAUAGCUGCUAUUUAUCGCCAAUUAUAUGAAGCUGUUCAUAAUCCAGCUAAUGAAUACCAAAAUCCAGAUGCUUUAAUGUCCAUUCCACCAGAGAAGAUACUUGAAAAACUUCUGGGGUGAAAACACUACCCAAUUUCCAUAUUGUAAUUUGUAAACAGAUUUGUAUAAACAUAUUUUGUGUGCCACUGUAUAUAAAUAAAAUGUUUAUUGUAGCAACUGA